GGAACACCGUUAAAAAAUUUAGUGAACAUUGUGAUACGGAUGUAUAAAAGUUUACCGUAAUAAAGUAAUACUUUAAUUAUAAACAUUUGUUAUAAAAGUUUUUUGUGAUUAUAAAUUUCAAAAAUAAGUGAACUUCCUGACGGCACACACAUUCAACGUCAUCAUGGACUUGAGUUCCGGAGAAGAAGAAAUUAUACAAUUAGAAAGAGAAAUUAUAAAAUUAGAAGAAAAUUUAAAACGGAAAAAAGAAGAUAGAAGACUAAGAAAACUAGAAAAGAUGAAUAGUUCUCACUCUGAAGAGAAUGUAUCUUCCUCAAAAACGACAAAUCGAAUACAAACAGAGGAUACUUCAAGCAAACAAGAUUUUGCAUUUAAAGAAAGUGCCAAAGAAAAUACACAUCAAAAGACGUGGAUUAGUAAAGAAAGGGAUGGAAAAGUAGAUGAAGCUUUUUCGAACAAGACUUUCGAAAAACGAGGAGGAACUACCGACAAGGGCAAAAAAUACGAAGAUUUAGUUACCGCGAACGUCGCACUACAAUUAGUAAGCGACAGUAAAAUAAAUGACUUUCGCAUUUCUUCGAACGAUAAAAAUUUUGGUGAUUUUGAUGACGUGGUUAUUGAGAUUAAGACAGUUAGGGGAAUAAAAACAAAAGCACUGCAAUUAAAACACAGUAACGAAAAAAGACAAUUAUAUAUAAGGCAGCUAGAAGGCGAAAAGGGAGACUUUAGUUUAAUUAAAUAUUUCAAAUCUGCUCAAGAGGUUCAAGGCGAAGUGCAAGAAUUUAUAUUAUUCACAACAAAUACAUUCGUAACUUCAGAAGAAAAAAAAAUUAAACUCGACGGAGAAGAAUUUUACCUGAAAGCCAUUAAAAGGACAGUUUCAAAAGACGAUUUCGACGUUUUAAGAAUCUCGGAAAAUAUAAAUUAUUAUCAUACAUUUCAAAUCGUAGAGGAUGAAUGGACUAAACAAAAUCCUGAAAAAAUUCAGCAGUACCAAAAAUUCUUCGAGUGCUUUCGUCUUUACACAAACCAAGAACGUUUUGAAGCCUUUACAAAAUCAACAAUGAAUAAAUUUACUGAAAUGUUUUGCUCUAACGAAGAAACUUUCAAGAAGUACGUCGAAGUCAUAUCAGAAUGGAGUAUGCGAGAUGGAAAAAAAGAAAAGCUAAGCAAAAGAAUAAUGCAACGUGUCAUCGCACUUCGUUUGCUUUCUUCUCAGAUCGAACCGUUUGUUUUUGGUUCAGUCACAGACGAAAUGAAAAUACUUCGAAAGGCUAUUUGUAUGUUCGACAUUACGUUGUUGGAAAAAAAAGGCAGCAACGCAGUUAAAAAUUUGUGGGGAGACUUGGACCAAAACAUUGACCUCAAAGAACUAAACAAAGUUCGGUUACUUUAUUCCCUUUCUUUUAAUUAUAUAAGUAGUGUUGAAAAUCUGGAUGCAAAUUUGUUGACACAAUUACUAUGGCUGAUGGAGAAAUGUCCGCUUAUUGUAAAGGAACACAUCAAUAUGGAGAAAGCUAUUAAGCUCUGUCCAAAUGCAAAAUUUAUUAUACUUGGCGAGGGAAAAUAUGAAACAUGGAUGACAGAACGCUCUGUGUUUCAAAACUUGUUCAACUUGGAACCAAAAGUUGAAUUGUAUGAAAAAGUAUUGCGAAAAUUCACCAUUUCUAUACAAGGCAAAGAACCACGUAAUUUGGUGACUGCUUUAGAAAAAAAUGGUAAAAUUUUAAAUCAUGUUACUGUGGAAAAACUAUUAGAGAUGGCAAAUGGUCUAUACCAUAUAGAUGGACAAAAGGAAGUUUUUCCCAAUUUUUAUAUCGAUAGGUAUUUGUCAGUCAAUAUUAUAGACAUUCAAUAUUUAGAAAAUGUUGAUCGAAAUACUGUUAUCAUUUUAAAUUGCGAAGGUAAUUCUCAGGAAUUGAAAAUAUCUAAGAAGCAUACUCUAACAGACGUCGAGGGUUUUUUAAGUAAUGCAGACCCCAAAAUUUUUGAUAAUCCAAUUUUUAUAAGAAGUGAAAAAAAUUGCAGUGAUUCUGAUUUUCAGAAAAUAUGUUCUAAAGCAGAAGCAUCCAAAACUGUACACUAUUUUAAAUUUCUCAAAGAUAAAAAUUUAGAAUGGAUUGGAAGCAAAGGAUCUGUUAAUGAACUGCGAAAUUAUAAAUUACCUAGUCGUUCCAAAAACGAAAACGAAAUUUGGUCUUCCGAAUUCAUCAACAACAUAAAUCUAAUAACAGCUGACCCAGGAAUGGGCAAAACCGAGCUAACGAAGAGUCUAAAAAACAACUGUCGUGCGAAAUAUUGGACCGUGAUUCUGAGUGCUCAAGAUGUUAUGUGUUUCUUUAAAAAUUCAGGAAAAUAUGAAAUAUCAGCAAAUUUAAAACUAUUCGAAACAUUCAUUUUAAACGAAAAAUAUCGACAGUUGGCUGGGCUGGAUCGAGAAUACUUGACACUGUGUUUAAAGCAACGCAAGCUGGUUUAUGUAUGGGACGCUCUUGAUGAAAUAUUUACUCACUAUUUAGAUGCCACUUUAGGUCUCAUUCUUAUGUUAUCACAAGAAGGGUUCAUUCAGUGGGUUACUGCAAGGCAACAUUUGAGGUCUUCUCUUCAAGAAAAACUUGACACACUGUCAGUGAGUAUGAAUCAGCUCAGCGAAGUCGAGCAAGAAGAUUAUAUUAAGAAACGUCUUAACAGUUUUCUUGCGUCUGCAGACAUGAAACCGACCAUCGACAAAAUUAAAUCCACGUUUGCAUUUACAAAACAUAUCGAUAUAUUGGGAAUCCCUCUUCAGAUUUUUAUGCUUACAGACGUUUUACUUAAAAAUAAAGAAAAUUAUAUAGAGUUAUUAAACAAUAAAUUUCUCCUGACUGACAUGUAUCGUUACUUCAUUGAAGGAAAAUUUAAAUUUUUCUAUGGAGAUAAAGUACCCGUAAAUCAUGUUUUUUGGGAAGAAGAUGUAAGGAAAAGAAAGGAAGAGAAAUUAGAACAGUAUGAAAAGUUGGCGCUUAAAGUAAUAUUUCCUGAAGAAAUUUUAGAACAAUUAAAGAUAGAUUGUUCACAAGAUAGAGAUUCCGUUUCUGAAGAUUUCGCAACUAUUGGUAUCGUGACCGGACUACAAAACGGCAUACCGCAAUUUGCACAUGCUUCCUUUGCCGAAUAUUUUGUUGCUUCAUAUUUUUCUAAAAAUUUUGCAGUGGCACGCAGAGACAUAUUUUUUGAUAAAAAGUAUAAUAAUGUACGUUUCUUCUUCGACAUGUUAACUGGCAAAAAUUCACCGGUCCACAUCGCGAUUUUAUACAGAAAUUUUGAUGAAGUGGAGAACUUUGACGACGAAAUAAUAAAACGUAAAGAUGAAUGUGGAAGAAGUGCGUUACAUCUCAUUUGUUCUUGGGGACGAAGGCAUGGGCGUAUAAAUGUAGAAAUCAAAACUAGAGGUUGUGUUAUUGAGGCAAAUAGGGAGGUUAUGAGUAGUUUAUUAGAAACGGAAGAAUAUUUUAAAGCGUUAUUGUUUUUGUUAGAUAAUUGUGAAAUAUUAGAACAAGAUAUUUUACAUAAAAUCACACCCUCGGCAUGUGCACGAGAAAGCGAAAGUUUGGGAGCGGAACUGGAAUUAUUACAAACACGCAAAUCACGAUUGAAAGAUUCGUAUAGUCGAACAGACAAAAUUAAUAUCUUAUUUUUUUCCGCUUUGCACGGAUACGCAGAAGCGUUUAAAAUUGUUAACAAACAAUUCUUUUCAUCUUGGAAUAUUUUUAAUAAAAAAGUAAAUUUUACUGUUAAAUUCGAUCGUAGUACGCCUCUUAUAAUAGCUUCUCGAGAGGGGCACGUAACAGUUGUAGAGUACUUAGUCAAAUGCGGAGCUAAAAUCAAUCGCGCUAAUAAAGAUGGACGGACACCGCUUUACGCAACUUCCUCUCAAGGUCACGAAAAAGUUGUCGAAUGCCUGGUGAAAUGCGGAGCCGAAAUCAAUCGCGCUGAUGAAGAUGGUAAGACACCGCUUUACGCAGCUUCCUCUCAAGGUCACGAAAAAAUUGUCGAAUGCCUGGUGAAAUGCGGAGCCGAAAUCAAUCGUGCUGAUAGAAGUGGUAAGACACCGCUUUACGUAGCUUCCUCUCAAGGUCACGAAAAAAUUGUCGAAUGCCUGGUGAAAUGCGAAGCCGAAAUCAAUCGCGCUCAUACAACUGGUACGACACCGCUUUACGUAGCUUCCUUUCAAGGUCACGAAAAAAUUGUCGAAUGCCUGCUGAAAUGCGGAGCCGAAAUCAAUAGCGCUCAUACAACUGGUACGACACCGCUUUACGCAGCUUCCUCUCAAGGUCACGAAAAAAUUGUCGAAUGCCUGCUGAAAUGCGGAGCCGAAAUCAAUAGCGCUCAUACAACUGGUACGACACCGCUUUACGCAGCUUCCUCUCAAGGUCACGAAAAAAUUGUCGAAUGCCUGGUGAAAUGCGGAGCCGAAAUCAAUCGCGCUGAUAAACGUGGAUGGACACCGCUUUACGCAGCUUCUUGGAACGGUCACGAAAAAAUUGUCGAAUACCUGUUGAAAUGCGGAGCCGAAAUCAAUAGUCUUGAUGAAGAUGGAGGGACACCGCUUUACGCAGCUUCCUCUCAAGGUCACGAAAACAUUGUCGAAUGCCUGGUGAAAUGCGGAGCCAAAAUCAAUCGCGCUAAUAAUUAUGGUACGACACCGCUUUACGCAGCUUCCUCUCAAGGUCACGAAAACAUUGUCGAAUGCCUGGUGAAAUGCGGAGCCGAAAUCAAUCGCGCUGAUAAAUAUGAUGGGACACCGCUUUUCACAGCUUCCUCUCAAGGUCACGAAAAAAUUGUCGAAUGCCUGGUGAAAUGUGGAGCCGAAAUCAAUAGCCUUUAUGAAGAUGGACGGACACCGCUUUACGCAGCUGCCUUUCAAGGUCACGAAAAUGUUGUCGAAUUCCUGGUGAAAUGCGGAGCCGAAAUCAAUCGCGCUAAUCAUUAUGGUUGGACACCGCUUUGCGCAGCUUACUCUCAAGAUCACGAAAAGGUUAUCGAAUGCCUGGUGAAAGGCGGAGCCGAAAUCAAUUGCCUUGUUGAUAUUUUUGGUUAAACACCGCUUUACGCAGCUUCCUCGAAAGGUCAGAAAAAAAUGGUCAAAAACCUGGAGAAAUGCUUAACCAUAUUCAAUGGCGCUAAUGGAAAUCGUUGGACAAUGCUUUUCGCAGCUUCCCUGGGCGGUUACAAAAACGUUGUCGAAUACAUGGUGAAAUGCGGAACCGAAAUUAAUAGCGCUGAUGAAGAUGGCUGGACACCACUUUUGGCAGCUUCCUCUCAAAGUCACGAAAAAAUUGUCGAAUGCCUGGUGAAAUGCGGAGCCGAAAUCAAUCGCGCUGAUAAAUAUGGUCAGACCCCGCUUUACGCAGCUUCCUCUCAAGGUCAAAAAAAAAUUGUCAAAUGCCUGGUGAAAUGUGGAGCCGAAAUCAAUAGUCUUGAUGAAGAUGGACGGACACCGCUUUACGCAGUUUCCUCUUAAGGUCACGAAAACGUUGUCGAAUUCCUGGUGAAAUGCGGAGCCGAAAUCAAUCGCGCUGAUAAUUAUGGUCGGACACCGCUUUGCGCAGCUUCCUCUCAAGAUCACGAAAAAGUUUUCGAAUGCCUGGUGAAAUGCGUAGCCGAAACCAAUCGCGCUGAUAAAAGUGGUAAAAAACACCGCUUUACGCAGCUUCCUCGAAAGGUCAGAAAAAAAUUGUCGAAUGCCUAGUGAAAUGCGUAGCCGAAAUCAGUCGCGCUGAUAAAAGUUGUAAAAGACACCGCUUUACGUAGCUUCCCCUCAAAGCCACGAAAAAAUUGUCGAAUGCCGAAUGAAAUGCGGAGCAAGAACUUUCGUUUAUUAAAAUGAAUAAUGCAGGUUGACCUCGAAUAGUGACCAAAAAUCUGUCGAAACCUUCAACGGCGAUCCAAAACUCCGCGCAGCGCCGGGCCAGACUUUCAAUUGUCUAGUACCAUCCGCCACCACAUUUUUUUUUUAUUUAUUGUUGAUCAAAACAGGGACAGUUCAACCUACAAUUCCGUAAAUUUGAGAAUGCAGUACUGUUAUGAUAUGGAUUUUGCUAUACCUAUUCAAAUUGGUAUGAGCGUCUUUGCUACAAUCUGAAUGACAAUAUUGCAAAACUUUAUUAUAAAAAACAUUGUUAUCUUAACGCUUGAGAGAUAUUAUUACUUUAAUUACAGGAUUUAUUAUUAAAAAAAUUUAAUUCAAUAAACAACUAAAUUUGUUGGACAGGAGAGAGGAAUGUUCUGCCUGAUACCUUGAACCAAUUUUUACCUAGUUAGUUAUAAAUCUUACAUUGUUCAUUAAAAUAUAUCCGUACGGCCAUAAUAUUAUGUUCAUGUAAGUGACCCAAUUGGGUUUUUAAAAAUUUUCAAUCGAGUAAUUACGGCCUCUCAGCUGAUCUUUAACUUUGUUUGCGCUACAGUUACUUGGUAAUCACACACAGAGGAUACAAGCGUCAAUUUGUUGAGUAUAAUGGAUUUAUGUCGACAGAAUUUUAUUGCAAAACCGGUGUAGCUCAAGGGUCCAACCUUGGUCCUUUGCUUUUCAUACUUUUUUUUAAUGACAUAUCUAACCAUAUUGAUUGUAAAUUUUACAUAUAUGCGGAUGAUAUGAAGAUUGUAAAUGUUAUAACCUCGUAUUCUGACUGUCUUCAAUUACAAGAUAGUAUUAAUUCAUUCUUAAAUUGUUGUCAAAUUAAUUGCCUUAAUGUAGAUUUCCCUAAAUGUAAAGUUAUGACAAUAACUAGGAAAUUGCAACCCAUUAAUUUUAUGUACAACAUGAAUGGUACGCUUUUAGAUCGUUGUGAUCAGACCUGGGGAGUGUAGUAGAUAACAAAUUGUCAUUUAUACCGCAUAUCGAAUAUGUUACAAACAGUGCACUGAAGAUGCUACGAUUUGUAAUUCGUAAUGCAACAGAUUUACACAAUGUACAUUGUAUAAAGUUGUUGUUUUAAACCUUAGUCAGAGCAAAGCUAGAAUACUGUAGUGUAGUAUGGAACCCAACGCAUAAUAUUUAUAUCUUUCUUGUUGAAAAUGUACUGACAAAAUUUUGUAAAUACGUAUUUUUCAAAAUGUUUGCCAGAUACACUGUGACCAAAAAAUUCUUUUGAACACAGUUAAUGAAACAUCACUUUUGAGUAGAAGAAAUUUGGCUUGUCUUACAUUUUUACAAAAAAUUAUUGCUGGUUCAGUGCAUAGUGAUACAUUACUUAGCCAAAUAAAUAUCAUUGCACCUAGGAGUAUAAGCCGAAUGCCACAGACAUUUCAUUAUGUAAUUCCGAAUAGUUACCACCACUACAAUUCUCCUUAAUUAAAUUGUUUUAAACUAUGCAACUUUUUGAGUGAUAAGUUCGAUAUUUUCUGCGACAAAUUACAUAGAAGUAAAAUAAAAAAAUUAAUUAUAUUGCAUUAUAGUCAAUAAAAUGUGUGUCAACCAUCUGGUCUUGUAGUACGAAUGGGUUAAUUAAUCUUGUAUACGACUGCCAAUUGUUAAUUAUUUAUGGUGUUUUGAUUUUUUUUUUCUCUAGUUUAUAUAUUCAUUUUUUAUUAUUAUUUUUUUAUUAUGUAAGUAAAUGUAGUACUACUCUGUCAGCAUAUGUUUCUAUAUGGACAAUUGUCUGUUGGAAAAAUUAAUUACUAAAUUAUUAAAAAAUUAUUAUUAAUUAUUAUUAAUUAUUAAUCUUCCGUACGACCUUCUAGAAUGUAUCUAUGUUCCAAAUUCAAAGCUCUGUCUAUGGUAGAUACGCUUAUUUCUUGUUGAGGAUUUUCCUCUAACAAUUUAAUUUUAAUUUCCUUAAGAGUUGAACACAGUCUUCAUCAACCCAACGAAAUUGUUUUGCCAAAAAAAAGAAACUGUUUUGACACAAACCAAAAUAAUUUGAGAAA